CGCGAGCGCUGUGCCCCGCGGUGGCGGCGCCAGUGGCGGCGGCUCUCAGCCGAGUUCUGCCUCCGUGUCCGCGCCAGCCCCGAGCCCGCGGGAGCACACGGUCCGUCCCGGCGCGGCGAGACGAUGGUCAUCCGCGUGUUCAUCGCCUCCUCCUCGGGCUUCGUGGCGAUAAAGAAGCAGCAGCAGGAUGUGGUGAGAUUUCUGGAAGCCAACAAGAUAGAGUUUGAGGAGGUGGACAUCACAAUGUCAGAAGAACAGAGGAAGUGGAUGUACAAAAACAUCCCCCCGGAGAAGAAGCCUGCUCAGGGCAACCCUCUGCCACCUCAGAUAUUCAAUGACGACCGAUACUGUGGAUAUGACAGUUUUUUUGAAUCAAAGGAAAGCAACACUGUCUUUUCAUUCUUAGGCCUAAAAUCACAGUUGGCAUCAAAGGCAGAACCUUAGUGAAGACACGUAGAAGAUGACAGAGAUGCAUUUCGGAGCACCCCCUGGUACUCAGCACACACCUGCUUACCUAAUGCAUCACUGUGACAAAAGCCACAUGCAUUACCAGUAACUUUGCUUGCCAUGGAAAAGGUGUUUGGGGAAGACAUGGGUGUAACGGGAUUGCAUGAUUGCUUUAAACCAAAUCAGGACUGUGGUGGGUUUUUUCUUAUUUUCCGAAUUGCCUGCAGUUGCCUCACUCCCCCAGAGGUCCUGUAGCCUGUUACCGGUGUGCUUCCUGAAGGGCUGAGAGAUAAGGGGGUGGCACCAUCAGAGAGAAAA